UGAAAGUUUUCAUGCGGCGCAAUAUUUUUAGCUUGUUAGCAUGCUAGCAUCAGCGUCGUCGAUAAAAAUUCACAGCACUACUUGCUCUUUUAUUCUUAAGCGUUUGAAUAGUACAGAACCAUGUACUUUUGCCACAUAUUAUAAAUGCGAAGCACGCAAGUGUAGUAGCUUUGCGCUGUUUUUAACGCACUAGUCUUGCUUGAUCGGGAUGUUUUUACCCUUAACAUGGAGACAAAAAGAGGGGAGAUUCCUAACGGGGUGCUGGAUGACCUUUGCAGUCGCUUUAUUCUUCACAUCCCCAGUGAGGAGAGGGACAAUGCCAUCAGAGUUUGCUUCCAGAUUGAGCUUGCCCAUUGGUUUUACCUGGACUUCUGCAUGCAAAAUUCACCAGGACUACCUCAGUGUGGGAUAAGAGACUUUGCCAAGGCUGUUUUUAAUCACUGUCCAUUCCUGCUGCCCCAAGGAGAGGAUGUUCAGAAGGUUUUAGAGCAGUGGAAAGAGUACAAGAUGGGUGUACCUACAUUUGGUGCCAUUAUUCUUGAUGAAACGCUUGAUAAUGUGUUAAUGGUCCAGGGUUACCUGGCCAAGUCUGGCUGGGGUUUUCCUAAAGGGAAAGUCAAUGAAGAUGAGGCUUUCCAUGACUGCGCUGUGAGAGAAGUUUUGGAGGAGACAGGCUUUGACAUCCGAGAUCGUAUCUGCCAAAAAACCUACAUUGAACAGAGAAUUUCAGAUCAGUUGGUUCGAUUGUAUAUUAUACCCGGAGUUCCUAAAGACACCAGGUUUAACCCCAAGACCAGAAAAGAGAUCAGGAACAUCGAAUGGUUCCCAGUGGAUAAACUACCUUGCCACAGGAAUGAUAUGACACCGAAAUCCAAGCUUGGACUGGCUCCUAACAAGUUUUUUAUGGCUAUUCCAUUUAUGAGGCAGCUCAGAGAGUGGAUUGCAAAACACAAAGGAGAGUCAACAAGCAGUGAUGAGGAUUUUGCAUCCAACGGUAGCACACCUUGCAAACCAUUCCGAACUAAGCCUAGAAGGUCUCAGAUGUUGGUGGAAGCAUCUCCUGAAAGCUGGUCAAAGCAAAAACCACAGAAACCCUUUGGACAAACCACCCAGAGUGAGUUAGUAGACAUGCUUAAACCCAAGAACUAUGUGAAAAGUAACAGCAAGAAACACCAGGAGUCUCCAAACCUGAAAAAAAGGGUUAAUGGUGUCAGCCAGCAGCAGAAAGAUGAGAAGAAACUUCUGCCCAGAAGACUGCAGGAUAACUUUGACACGGAUGCAGCCGGUGAAGUCUAUGGCUGUAACGGACAGGCGGACUUGUGUUACGGGGAAUACAUCCUCUCCUCACGGUCUUUUCUCAGCUUCAGAUUUGACAAAGAGGCAAUCAUGAAAUCCUGCUUUGAGUCCUAAAUAUCUGCUGCACUGCCUCUGGUUUUUAAAAGAUAUACGACACAGCAAAUUUCCUUUGGAUCUACAAGUGGAUCUUCUGCGCUGUAAACUUGUUAGUCGAGAUGCAUUCGGUGUUGGACCAAGAUGACAGACAAAUUACAAAAAUUCCUUUUUUCACACACUCACGUCAGUUCCUAUUAAUCAGGAUCUGGAAUGCUGUUAGCUCGAGUUCUUUUUAGACUUUAUAUUUAUGCUACUUGUGCCCAAUCAUGAGUGCAUAAUCACUAAAGAGAAGUGUUUCUUGGUCAACUUGUUACAAAAAUAACUUUUCCUGGGUUUGUCCGUAACACGCUUAACGAUAGCUUGGUUCUGAGCCCCUGGAGUGUGUGUUGUACUUUUCUUAUUUCAUUGUGAAUUACAAUAAUAAUCGGUCCAGCUGUAUGCGUAAUUUCUGUGGCUGAAGUCAUCUGUGUUUGUUGUUUCCUGUUUUUGGUGUUAAACGUAAAGCAAAUAUAAGAUGCUGCUCAAAAAGCAUGCUUUCAGAGCGUCACGUGACUAAUACAGUACAGACAGGGUGGGCAUAAAAACAGGAAAACCCAUUGAAGCACUAAAUAGAUUAUCAAGUCCUAGACAUCACCAAAUGUCUAUUUAGUAUGACGUUGAGGUGGAGGAUGUGCAGUUUGAUAAAUGACAUUUCGUCCGUGUUUCCAAUAAGAAAAAUGUCUUCAGUUGUUUGGUCAAGCUGUUUGUUUUCUGUUCAUUGAUAUUUUUAUCAUGCUUCACAUGGUUCCCAGGUUUUCCACACCCUCUACUAUAUUAAUAUUUUCUCUGUGAAAUGGCACUGAUAUCUGUGGUAAGAUGAUGUACAAUUAUGCAACAUGAUUUGCUCGGCCACAUUAUCCACGGUUUGUAUUGUUUUUUUUUUCUUUCUCAUUUUUGGUAAAUAAAGACACUUUCUUAAUGAG